UGUUUAUGUUUUGAUGAAUAGAAAACCAGGGGUUUAGGCAUACGUUUAUGGUCUAACUUGGCUUUACAAUUUAGAAGUUCAUUAUUCGAAAUAAUAAUAAUUUAAAACCUUCUUUGUUAUGUCGUCAUCAUCAGACGAAGAGGAACAGGAGGAUCAUGAAGGAAGUUCGCCGGAGGAAGAGAUUGAAAGUACUGUGGUACCCCAAGCUAUUGAGUCACAUGACCUUGUGUUGGAUCUAUCGUUCCACCCCGUACAAAACAUACUUGCUGCCGCUCAUAUUGAUGGCACUGUAAUAGUAUAUUCUAUUAAAGAGGAAGAAAGCAGAAGUAAACCUAAAGAAUUACUCCAAAUAAAUGCACAUAAAAAAUCCUGCAGAGGAUUGGCGUUUUCACAGGAUGGGAAUUUACUGUUUACUAUAUCAAAAGACAAAAGUAUUAGGGUCGUUGAUGUUGAAAGUGGUGCUGUUAAAUAUCAAAUGCUAAAGGCUCAUGAAAACGCCCUCUAUAGUGUAUUAGUUGUUGAUGAAAAGACUCUUGCCACUGGAGAUGAUAAUGGUGUGAUACAGAUAUGGGACACACGGAAGAAAGAGUCGAUCAUUAGCUUCAAACAAAAUGAGGAUUAUAUCAGUGACAUGGCAACAGACAGUGAGAAGCGCAUCCUCCUAGCAACAAGUGGUGAUGGGACACUGUCAGCAUUCAAUGUCCGAAGAAGACGAUUCGACCUACAAUCGGAAAACAUGGAGGAUGAAUUGAUGACGGUUUCUAUAAUCAAAAAAGGGAAAAAAGUUGUGUGCGGUGGAGGUGAUGGUGCCCUUAGCAUCUUCAACUGGAAUGAGUUUGGCAAUAUCAGCGACAGAUUUCCCGGGCACCCGGAAUCCAUAGACUGCUCUGCGAAAAUUAAUGAGAACAUUAUUUGCACUGGAUCUGUUGAUGGAAUGAUAAGAGCGGUGAAUAUUCUACCAAAUCGUUUUAUGGGAAUAGUCGGUGACCAUGAUGAGUUCCCUGUAGAGGCGAUUGAUGUCUCAUCAGAUGGAGUGUUUUUAGCAAGUUGUUCACAUGACCAAAAAAUCAAAUUCUGGAAUGUGUCCAGUCUAGAAGAUAUAAAUUUGAGCACGAAACAAAAAGCCAAAAAGACUGACAAAACAAAACGCCUGAAAUCCUCAAGGAGUGAUGACUUUUUUGCUGAUUUAUAAUUUAUGCAUAUAAAAUGUAAUCUUUUUAUUGUAUGAACUGAGAAAAUGGUACUGUACAUUCAUAAAAUGACUAAAAGAAAACAUUAAACAAGUAGUGAUUGUA